CACAGCGGCCAGGAGAGGGAGGAGGAGAGUCGACAGUCAUCUGAUUCUUUUCCUGUCCCACCCUCUACCGGAGAGACGGGAAGAGCUGACGGCAAACGGGCUCAACACACUGACUUUGCGAGCGUCUCUGAGCCGCGCUAAUGAAGACGAUCGACGCGGAGCGGCAGAAACGACGCGACGCCACUGAAACAGCGAGACGCGAUCAGCCGCGCGCCUCUUUCUUCUCCAGCCGCCCAGAAAGAAGUUCCAGAACUUGAGCAGAACUUCAGAAACCGAGCAGACCCGCGAUGAUCGGUCCAGACGGAGAAACCUGACGACGCGAGCGCGUUUGGCCGCGAGUCGAAGCGGCUUUUCCUGCUAUUCUUCUUCUGAGCGCUUCCUGCUCGGACAAAACCACCAGCAGCUAAAAAUACUGAGCCCUCAAUGGAGCCCUGAGCACAGACUUCAACUCUCCAGGGCCGAUGCGUCUCCAGCCGCUUAGGGUUUUUAGAAGGAAUUGAGAUCCUGUUGAGAUGUUUUCCUCUCGUAUGUGAUGUUUUCGGGGUCAAUGCUCCUCGAGUGACUGAUUUGGCGUCUACAUGGGAAUCGAUGACUGAUGGAGACGCUUCCACCGAUGAUCCAGGCGUACAGGGUUGUGACGAACCCACCUGAACUUCACCAUCACGCUUCUUCUGAUUUCACUCAAAGCACCUUGUAAACUCUCAAUGGAGCCGCUGAAGACCAUAUUCUCCCGCGGGCCUCUGUCCACCUGGAAGAGCCUGGAUCAGACUCAGAAGGGCAACUUCACCAACCCGGUUUGGACCGCUUUGUUCGAUUACGAGGCUACGGGGAAAGAUGAACUCACGCUGCGUAAAGGGGACCUGGUGGAGGUCCUGUCUCUGGAUUCGGAGAUAUCCGGAGACGAAGGAUGGUGGGCGGGAAAGGUCAACAACAAGGUGGGAAUCUUCCCCUCCAACUACGUCUCCUUCAAGCCCAGCGGGUACGGGGAGCUGCAGGGCUCCGGUUUGGGACCGGCUGUGGUGAGCGAGCUGGAGCCGGAGACGGUGGACUUCAGCGAGCUGAGUCUGGAGGAGGUCAUCGGGGUCGGCGGGUUCGGGAAGGUCUACCGAGGGACCUGGAAGGGCGAGCUGGUGGCGGUGAAAGCGGCCCGUCAGGAUCCGGACGAGGACAUCAGUGUCACGGCCCAGAACGUCCAGAACGAAGCCAGGCUCUUCGCCAUGCUCAAGCACCCCAACAUCAUCGCACUCAUAGGUGUUUGCCUGCAGGAGCCCAACCUGUGUCUGGUCAUGGAGUACGCGUCCGGCGGCCCGCUGAGCCGCGCUCUGGCCGGACGACGGAUCCCGCCGCAUGUGCUGGUCAACUGGGCGGUGCAGAUCGCCCGAGGGAUGCAGUACCUGCACAACGAGGCCAUCGUCCCCGUCAUCCACCGAGACCUCAAGUCCAACAACAUUCUGCUGGCGGAGCCUGUGGAGAAUGACAGCAUCGAGGGCAAAACCCUGAAGAUCACAGAUUUCGGCCUGGCGCGCGAGUGGCACAAGACGACGAAGAUGAGCACCGCGGGAACCUACGCCUGGAUGGCGCCAGAGGUCAUCAAAUCAUCCACCUUCUCCAAAGGCAGCGACGUCUGGAGUUAUGGUGUGUUAUUAUGGGAGCUGUUGACUGGAGAGGUUCCUUACAGAGGAAUCGAUGGUCUGGCAGUGGCUUAUGGAGUCGCCGUGAACAAACUGACCCUUCCGAUCCCCUCCACCUGCCCCGAGCCCUUCGCCCAGCUCAUGUCCGAGUGCUGGGAUCAGGAUCCGCACCGGCGGCCAAACUUCUCCUGCAUCCUGCAGCAGCUGACGGCUCUGGAGGAGCAGGUGAUGCACGAGAUGCCACAGGACUCCUUCCAUUCGCUCCAGGAGGACUGGAAACUCGAAAUCCAGGACAUGUUUGACGAGCUGCGGGCCAAAGAGAAGGAGCUGCGGUGUCGCGAGGAGGAGCUGAAGCGUGCGGCGCUGGAGCAGAAGUCUCACGAGGAGUUCCUGCGUCAGCGCGAGCAGCAGUUAGCGCAGUGGGAGCAGGACGUGUUCGAGCGCGAGCUAUCGCUGCUCAUCCUGCACCUCAACCAGAACCAGAAACCCAAUGUCAAGAAGCGCAAGGGAACCUUCAAGAAACACAAGCUGAAGGUGAAGAACGGAGAGAAGAUCAGCAUGCCGCAGGAUUUUAUCCAUAAGAUCACGGUCCAGGCAUCUCCGUGUUUGGAGAAGAGGCGUAACUCUCCGGAUCUUGGCUCGCCGUCCAUCGGUCCGCGCUUCCGAGCGAUACAGCUGAGCCCCAGUGAGAGUAAGUGGAGCUCGGGUUGGCCGCUGGAGACUCUUCCUCUCAAGCAGACCAAUGGCGAGAGGAGAUUCACGCCUCAUCUGAGCCCCAAAAGCCCCAAGAGUCCAAAGAUCCUCCGUCUGAGUGCGCAGGAGAACAGUCUGUCAAUGAGAGCCAAACUCCUGGAGGUGGACAGUAAUGAGAGUGAGGACACCAAGGCUGAUUUUGAGGAGUACAGACCCAUCACACCAGAGUCCAGCCACAACGAGGGCUCCGAGAGCGAGGAGGGCGGCUCGUCCCCAUGCGAUUCUCCCAGACCAGACCCCCCCGAGCCGGUGUGUCGAAGGAAGAGCACACACCGCGCUCUGCUCGACAGCGCCGCCCUGCUGGCCUCCGUGGCUCUGGGCCGCUGUGUGGAGCUGCAGCACCCGCCCACUCCGCCGCCGCGAGCCUCGUCCCGGACGCACCUGCCGGAGCCUGAGGCGGUGGGGGAUCUGAUCAGCUUCAGUACGGACUCGCUGCCGCAGGGCUUUCUGGACUCGCUGAGGCCGCCGCCGCCUAACCCGCGGUACUGCCGGACUCCACACGCUAACGGAGACGGCGAGGGGCUGCCGCAGAGCGGGGAGCGCAGGAGGAGGAGCAGCUGUGGACUCAGCUCCUCACAGCUCAUCUUGGAUCUUCCGCUGUGUCAGGACACGUUUGAGGCCGAGGACAAGUCUCCGCUGCCGUUUGCCCUGUAUCCAGACCCUCGCUUGUGGAGCCCUAAAACACGGCGUCUGGAUGUCAACAUCAUCCCUCGGCCGCGACCGUCCCCCAACCGGCCCCGCAUCGACCCGUGGAGCUUCGUAUCGGCUGGCGUAACGGACAGAUCGGCCGCCAAGAGGGUCAUUAGCAGCCCCAGCAGCCCUCGCCUGGCCUACCAGCCCUCGCCCACAAACCCCUUCACAAACUGUGACCCCUUCCCUUCCCCGGACUGUGAUCCCUUCAAUCUGAAGGUCGACCCUGAUGUGAACUCGGACCACUCCUCGACCUUUGACCCCUUCUCGGCCCCGUUCCCCACCUCGCGCUCGGCGCCCUGCUCCACCAACGGCAGUCCCAAUCUGUCCCUCAGGGUGGCGCCGCUGAACCCGGCCGACUCUCCGCUCAUAGACCUGGGCUGGAUGGGCGUCAGCCGGCCGCUCGACGGCACCAAAGAGAGGGUCCAUCCUCACCGGAGCCUCGGCCUCAGUCCGUUCAGAUCUCCGGCGCCGCUCCGAGACGACCGCUUCUGAACGAUGACCCGUAAACCAGGGCUAUCCCAGCAUUGACCCAGUAUUGUUGAUGUGUCAAACGCUCGUUCUGGAGUCACUUCCUGUCUGAUUGAGUGAUCUUUCUGCGCUGUCGCAGGGUCUUAUUGGCCUCUAGUUGCGCUUAAAUACAUCCGCACUUGUUGCAUCACCUUAAUCGGUCUCAAAAGUGAUGCAGUCAGUGCUAAAAGAUUUCAAAAUGAUUGCUUGUUUCAGCACAGAUUCAUCUCUGUUGGCCAUUAAGGAUGCGUUAUUGUGCAUUCUGAGAACGUUAUGUGCUGGAGAAUCCAUUACACAUCCAGCACACUAUGAUGGCUAAAAUGAUUAGAACACUAGUAUCUUCAGCAGCUAAAAAUGGUUUGAAGUCAGUUAUUUCUAUCUUCUGCUGUAGUGUGUCAGUAGAAUAUAUCAGUUUACAUUUCCAAACAU